CGCGAGAGGGGGCGCGGAGCUGCCGGAGCGUGCGCACUAGGCCAGCGGCCGGCGCGGGCAGGGCUGGGGUCCCGGCGCUGAGCGCCCUCAGCCGCGCCGGGCACCCUGGCGUCUCGCUGAGUCGGAGCAACCCCCGGGAGGAGCUUUCAGGCUCUGGUCAAGGCUCGGGCCUCGGGAAGCUAUCCCUACCCUCGGGGGCUCGAGCCUGGCGUGGAGCUUGCAGAAAAGGAAAGGGGGCUGGCCUAAAGGCAAGAAGAGAAACCCCCUGAGGGACCUUGCUGUUCCGUGCUCCUACGACAGGGUACGUGAUAUUCAUGAACAAGCAGAGAAGUCAGCUGAGGGCCACACACCCCGAUCUGCCUUUCACGGAAAUCACAAAGAUGCUGGCUGCUCAGUGGGCUCAGCUGUCUCAGGACAAAAAGGGGGAGAUGAACACAAUGGCCUGUACUGUGGGACCUGCAGGCAGCUCUUCAGCUCCCUGCGCAACAAGAAGCAACCUGCUGCAGAGGCAGCACCUGCAGCGCCUCACAGGGGAAUUCAAAAAAGAUUCUGCCGCAUACUCAAAGCACCCAGAGCCUCUGGAAGAAGAGAAAGGACAAGAUUCAAAUGAGGCUGAGUCAGAGGAGGAAGCUGAGGGCCCCGAAUCCCUUCCGCUCAGAAGUCUGCAUCCAGAGAGGAGUUUUGCUUCACUCGACUUGUGUUUCUCGCAAGGGUUUGUCUAUAGAUUGCUGAAAAUCAAGGAAUUGGAGCUCAGGGAGCUGAGGAGGACUGUAGAAAGAGCUGGAGCAGAGGAGGAGGCCCUGCAGAGGCAGCUGGUGGAGUUCCAGGUGAUGGCCCCAUGUGCGUGCCGGAGGCUUGGGGCGCGAAGCGCCCACAUGGCUCAGCUGGUGGGGGGGCCCACCUGGAGGUGCUUAGGAAGCAAAGAGUAGAUACCACUUGGUCCACUUAAAAUGGUACUCUACAAACCCUGCAUGCUAGGAUGUGUUUGCUAUGUACCCUUAUAAAAUACACAGUGUUUGGUCCCUUGGUGUUCCUGGUGCGUGGGAAUCUGUGCCAUGAGCCUGCUCGUGUUGCUUGCUUGUUUCACUCAAUACUCUAUUUCAUCCAUGCUGCCACGUGGCCUCUGGCCUCUUCUGUCAGAUCUGCCUUGUGGGCCCAUUCCCUUCCUGGCAGGUCCCAGUUUGCCCCAGCUCCCCACACCCAUAGCUAGGGGUGUGAAGAACAUCCUUACACAUGCCCUUUUAUGGAGCUGUGGGGUGGGCUCUCUGGGAAGAGGGGUUACCUGGUCAUAGGCAGUAUGUGGUGUGGACUCUUCAAUGGCAAAUUUUGUAAGUU